CCAAAGCACCUGUGGAGUUUCGGAACUCAGGAAAUUUGACUGGAGGUGAAUGCAGGUUCCUUGUCCUCGUUGUUUUUCAAAGUGAACGUGCAUGUCUGCCCCCGAAAAUCCGCAUACUUUUGCUCAAAGUCUCGAUAAGGGAAGAGCUCUGACGGUGUUAGCAUCAGCAUCCAAAAGCUCGGUAUUGGCGGCAGGGGUCGUCAAGGAAAAGCACGGGGGGAAAAAGAAUUUUUAGUAACUCUGCUACUGUAGUUCCUUCCAGGUGGGCGGUCAUUUCGGUGAUAGCCUGCCUUAUUUGAGAAUGAGGGUGUCAUGCUCGCGCUUGUGUUAGCCUUCCUUGGGUCGAUCUCUGAAGGUGAUUAGAAGUAGAUGUAGAAGGGGUGCAUCGAUUCCAGGUGCGGACCGUUGAAGGUUGGAUAAAGAGCGUGCAGGGCGUCUGUUUUAGUUCCGUUUAUUGUGAGUUCUACCUGCAGCGGGCCCUGCUCAGGCGGGUCAGAACGAGCAUCGACUGAUUGUCAGGGUGUAUGUCAUCCUUUUCGUUCGGGGAAGCUCAAAUUGCGUCUGAUGUGGGUAACUUGGAUUCCAUUAGGUAACAGCGAGAGAAGUGGAGAGAGUGAACACCUGACCAUCUAUUUUCGUGAGCUCGUGGACCUAGGGGCCACCAAAUUGCUGUGGCAGGCUUCAGGUUUUCUGAGACCUUGUAGCGGAGCUGGUGAGUAAUAAACCGGCCAGCCCUGACUGUCGGGAUUGACCCACAGUCUCGCAAUGGCGAAGGGCGGGUCGAGCGCCACUGCCAACAGCGGCGUGUUACAGAGAAUUGUCUUGAGCUACACGUAUGUCGCAGUAUGGAUCUUUCUCAGCUUCUCCGUGAUCAUCUUUAACAAAUAUAUUCUUGACCGCGGAAUGUACAACUGGCCAUACCCAGUCUCUCUGACUAUGAUUCACAUGGCGUUCUCCUCCGGGCUCGCCUUCCUCCUCGUGCGCGGGCUGAAGUUGGUUGAGCCCUGCGCCGCGAUGACGAAGGACCUCUACUUCAGGUCCAUCGUCCCCAUCGGCCUCCUCUUCUCGCUCUCUCUGUGGUUCUCGAAUUCGGCUUACAUCUACCUUAGCGUCUCCUUCAUCCAGAUGCUCAAGGCGCUCAUGCCGGUGGCAGUCUACUCUCUUGGGGUACUUUUCAAGAAGGAUGUAUUCAACUCUUCGACCAUGGCUAACAUGGUCAUGAUCUCCAUUGGUGUCGCCAUUGCGGCCUACGGGGAGGCGCGGUUCAAUGUCUGGGGUGUCACGCUGCAGCUUGCGGCUGUAUGCGUGGAAGCCCUCCGUCUUGUCUUGAUCCAAAUUCUUCUCAACUCCCGGGGAAUUUCCCUCAAUCCCAUUACAACACUCUAUUACGUCGCGCCCGCGUGUUUUGUCUUCCUCUCUGUCCCUUGGUAUCUCAUCGAAUGGCCGAAGCUGCUGGUAAUGUCGUCCUUCCACUUCGACUUCUUCACGUUCGGCCUCAACUCUAUGGUCGCGUUCCUGCUCAACAUCGCCGUCUUUGUUCUGGUCGGGAAAACAUCCGCCCUCACCAUGAAUGUGGCGGGCGUGGUGAAGGACUGGCUCCUCAUCGCCUUCUCCUGGUCCGUCAUCUUGGACCGAGUGACUUUCAUCAAUCUCUUCGGCUACGGCAUCGCUUUCGUCGCCGUCUGUUACUACAAUUACGCCAAACUGCAGACCAUGAAGGCCAAGGAACAGCAGAAAUCACAGAAGGUCAGCGAGGACGAGGAGAAUUUGCGGCUGCUGGAUUCUAAGCUGGAGAGACUCGAUGAGAGUUCAUCUCCUUCUCACAAGUCCGACGCUCAAACCCACUAAUUUUUUUCUUUUAUUUUUCACCUUUUUUCUUCCCACCACUUCAAGCCGCUGAAGCCCAUUCAACCCCAUGAGAAAGUCCCAUCAGAUGUCUUCUCCCAUUUCUGUGGCAUGAUCACUUGGAAGUGGAUGUGUUAUUGCAAAAGGCAGCGAUUUUCACAUCCGACACUCAAACCCUAGCUGUCGUUACAUGGAUGCGAGCUUUAGGACAGGCAGGCAGAUGCAGAUCCCGGAGGUGUGAGUCUUGGGUACAGUUGUAGCGGCACUGGGUGUCGGUGAGAGAUCUUUGGUAGGAUUAAGAAGUUGGCUGCGGAGGACUCUCACUCCCUCCCUCGCUCAAUUUUCUAUUAUGUCUCCGUUACCCAUUUUUUAAUUUUUAACAUAAGUUUUGCAGCGUUUAAUGGUUCUACCCA